UGCACGUCUCCUACCUGGACGGGAAGGGCAACGUGGAGCCGCAGGGAGCCGUGCCCGGCGCCGUGUCGGCGCUCAGCGACGAGCUGCUCACCUACUACGAGCUGGUGACGCGGGCGGCGCUGGGCGACGACCCCCAGCUCAUGAAGGUGGCCCUGCAGGACCUGCGGAGCAACCCCAGGAUCGCGGCGCUGCUGCCCUACCUGGUCUACGUGGUCAGCGGGGUGAAGUCGGUGAGUCACGACCUGGAGCAGCUGCACCGGCUGCUGCACGUGGCGCGGAGCCUCCUGCACAACCCCUACGUGUGCCUGGGCCCCUACGUGCGCAGCUUGGUGGCCAGCGUCACCUACUGCGUCCUCGAGCCCCUGGCCGCCUCCAUCAACCCCCUCAACGACCACUGGACGCUGCGCGACGCCGCCGCCAUGCUGCUCGGCCGCAUCUGCCGGACGCACGGCGAGCGGGUGAGCGGCCUGGAGCAGCAGAUCCUGCGGGCGCUGCAGAAGGUGCUGGCCGACCCCGUGCGCCCGCUCUGCUCGCACUACGGCGCCGUGGUCGGGCUGCACGCGCUGGGCUGGCAGCGUGCCCCGGGGCGGCGGCCUAUUUAA